ACAAAACAAAGAAAAAGCUCUCUUUCUCUGCCAGCAAUUCCUUUUUGUUCCGCGACAGCGCCGGCCUGAUUUCAGAUAAUGAUUUUGGUUGGCUUUUCCAGACGUUGGUGGGCACUCACAGGUUUUAAUAGCAGCAUUCAUAAAAAAUAGGGAACUGUAUUCGUGUCCAGAACGGCAGUAUGGGAUCUGAAGGACCAAAGGAGGUCACCAUUCAUGUAACCGGAUUUAAGAAGUUUCAAGGGGUUGCUGAAAAUCCUACAGAGACAAUUGUUAAUAAUCUGAAAGAUUUUGUUGAAAGGAGGGGGUUACCCCCUGGUGUUACUCUUGGGACUUGCACUGUUCUUGAGACUGCUGGAGAUGGGGCCUUGCCUUUACUUUACCAGACGUUGGAAUCAGGGAUCUCAAGAACGGAUGGUAAAAGCAAUGAGCAAGUUGUAUGGUUACACUUUGGGGUGAAUAGUGGCGCUCCAAAAUUUGCCAUUGAGCAGCAGGCAGUAAAUGAAGCCACUUUUCGUUGUCCAGAUGAGUUAGGAUGGCAACCUCAGAAACUUCUAGUUUGUGAAGAUGGAGGAACUUCCAGGGCAAGAGAGACUUGUUGCAGCAUCGAGGUUAUUCUGAAGUUCUUGAAGAGGAAGGGUUUCGAUGUGACCGUAUCAAAUGAUGCCGGCCGAUUUGUGUGCAAUUAUGUGUAUUAUCAUUCUCUUCGUUUUGCUGAACAGAAGGGUCACAAAUCUUUAUUUGUCCACGUGCCGUUAUUUUCGAAAAUUGAUGAAGAAAGCCAAAUGCGUUUCGUAGCAUCCCUUUUGGAAGCCAUUGCAUCUACAUGUUAAUGUUAUCAGUCUGUGUGCUCAUUUAAACAUUCUUGUUUGUUUGUCAUCUUCUAGCAAAUGUAAAUCAGCUGUGUCAAUAUCAAUAUAAUGGUCGAACUGCUAACUGAAAUGAACUACGGGACUGGUAUUUGUUCUUUUUUAUUUUUGUGGUUCUUCCCUCUUCAGGUCGAGUCAUCAAUGUGUAAAAUACAUCUGUUUGUUAUGUUAUGGUGCUCAAGAAAUUGCUGCCAGUUCUUCAAAA